CAAGAUAUGGUAUUCCAAUUGCAGCGCUUCAUUAAUGCAAUGGCCGUCUAUCAUGAACGUUGCUAUGAAGCGAUGUGUGAAGCCAAUAUUUUCCCUAUCGAGAUGGACCUUUCGCAAAACGCGUUUGCCUACACUCCUGAACAGAUUAAUACUGGACAUUCGGAAGAUGAGGAUAAGCAAUGCAGGGAGAUUGGAGAUGACGCUGGUCUGGAUAGACCGGAUGGACUCGAUAGUGGAGACGAGGUGAAUGUUCUGAAAGAGGAAGCCGCCCAAGCACGUCAGCGGCGGCUUUGUCAAAGCAGUCGGGAUCAACGGCCGCAAGUACCAAGUAUUAAAGACGAGGAACAGCUGCUUGAUCUCAGUGAACUCGAUCUCACGGGCACUGCUACUACUGGCUUAGAGUCUGCUCCACAACAGGACUAUGCGCAGCUUAUUCCAAUGAUCCAAAUGGAUGACUUCCCUGUUACCUAUCGGAUGUACCCAUCCUUGGAAAUGAUGCUGGACAGACUGAUCAAACUUCUUCCUCGAAUCACUUCAAGCAGGGCAGUGUAG